CAGGUUGCUAGGUAAGCUGUGCAGGGGAAUACAGUAAAACACUGUCUACUCAAGCAGGUUGGAGCAAGUGAGAGCGACCUGGCAUCAUACUAUUCAAAAAAAGCUUCAGUUUAAAUCCAGAAUCAGGAGGUAAAUUGGCAUUAUUUGACACACCUGUGAUCAAAGUGAUCUUUUUGAUAGUAUGUGUGUUUCAAGGAGUUUUGUUUUCAUGGCAACAGGAGUGAUCGGGUCUGCUGUGCUUCAGUAAACUACGCUUUUCUUUGACUCUGUACAAAGGAGUAUCUGUUGUUCACUCUGCUGCAGGUGGAUAACUGCGCUCAGUUUAUGACAAGGUGGGGCGGAAGCGAGGAAUACACCUGCUCGAUGUUUCCCGUUUUGAUUCGAUCACCUGAAUGGAUCAAUGCUGUUCCAGAUGGGCGAUAAAUCCACACAGUGAAUGUUGGAACUAAUGAUGGACCCAAGCUGAUGUCCCAGAGUCCCAUGUCAGCCCUCACUUUGCCCUGCUGGUCACGGGUAGAGAUGGCGGCGUGUCCGGAUGUGCUGGCCAGGCCUGGAGUUGUGGUCAGGAGUGUUAUACUGUUGCUCCUGAGCAGUAAUCCUGUCAGGGGAAAUUAUACUAUGCUUGCAAGCGAGACCCGUUCUAAUGCCACCGAUGACGGACCCAACAUUGCAGCCAUCGUGGCCCCUACAGUCACACUGGGUGUUCUGGCCAUAGUCCUGGCCGUUCUUGGCUGGCUCCUCUGCGUGGUGAAAAAGAGGAGGCAGACUGAAGGGACGUAUAGACCCAGUGCUGAGGAACAGUCUGGUGCACAUGGUGUGGCAGCACCAGAUGCUCUAAAGUUACCAAAGGAGGAAAGACUCAUUUGAGAUCUUAAGCUUUGUGUUUUUACAAAAUCCUUCAAGGAUGACAUUUUUUUGUGGUGUCUACCUUCAGCUGAUCAAUCAAAGAAACACCUUCCCAGGAUAAUGACAUUACAUUGCAUUUAGCUGACGCUUUUAUCCAAAGCGACUUACAAUAAGUGCGUUCGACCAACAAGAUACAAACUUGAAGAAAACAGAAUCAUAUAAGUACAUCAGGUUUCAUAGAGCUAAAACAUUUCAAGUGCUACUCAACUGGCUUUAGAUAAGCCAGUCCUUUGUUAGUAUAUAAGUGUUUUAUUAGUAUAUAAGUGCUUUGUUAGUAAUUCUAUCGCUCAAAGUGGAGUCGAAAGAGAUGAGUUUUCAGUUUGCGCCGGAAGAUGUGCAAGCUAUCUGCUGUCCUGAUUUCAAUGGGGAGCUCAUUCCACCAUUUUGGAGCCAGGAUAGCAUAGAUAAAGAGAGGACAUUAUUGCCAGGUUUGAGGCCUAUUCACAUGAUGCAUUUACUUACUGCUUUCAUUUCAAUGGGCAUUGAAUGGUUCCUGUGUGGCAUUAUGAAAAAAUGCACCUGGAUGUACAGUAUGGAUCUCACAGAUUUGAACAUUUUCAAGGAGGUUUUUGAACAUUUAUUUCGCACAAAUUAAGACUUUCAGUAUUUUAUCUCCACUAAUCUUUUAGUUUAGAGAUGUAUUUUCUUAUCAAGGCUGCCAUUUACUAUGUAGCUUUUUUUGAUUUGAUACAGGGAAAAGCAAUAUAUUUUUAGUCCUGAUGAGUCCAUUGCAUUUUAAAUCAAGACAAAUAAUUUUCAGACUAAUAAUAAUAACAAUGCAACAUCUUAUUACAGUUUAAAAACGUAUAUUAUAUUUUAUAUAGACAGCUGUACAAUAAAAAGUUAUGCUGAGAAAUUAUAUUAAGCUAAAUCAAGAAAUUGUUUACACUACGUAUUAUAAGUAUUCCCUCUGUAGUUAAAUUAAAUUGGAUCAACCAUGCAUUUCAUAAUGCGUCAUGAUUAAUC